AGAUACCGACGCGACUCCCUAAAAAAUACUGUAAACAUGUCGACUGUAAAAUAUCUUAAUCCGGCUCAGAAUAUAAAUACAUAAGAUAUUUCUUGUAACUUGUUUUUUCUACUGGAAAAAAGAAUUCAUAUAUUUAUUAAUUUAUACCUUUAUAAAUAUUAUUUAAACUUGUUUUAAUUUAUUAAAAAAAAAAGAAGCAAAACAAAUAAUUAAAAUUUUCAAAUCUAAAAAGACGUGAGAAAGUUGAAAGAGGAAGAAAACGAAAGAGGAAUCAAAAUAAAUAAAUAAUAAUAAUAAUAAUGGAUAAAACAGAAAGGGUUUCGGCUAAAAUGCCAGAACUAACGAUUGGGGCAGAAGAAUGGCGUAACAGGACCCUGCGAGGAAUGAAGGUGUCGCACGGAAUAAUGCAGAGAAAUGAGAAAUACGUGGCCGCCAGAAAGUCGACAGAUCCGUCGCCUUUCCUCAGAGAUUUCCUCGUCCGUCAUGCAAAUGAUGCUAUAUUGAAAUAUUGUCGCUUAAUGAGGGAGGUGACGGUGAAAUUAAGACAGACGGUGGUGAAGGUGAAUUAUGAGAUUGUCUCCAGCACCAGAUGUAAAGAGAGGCUGGAGAAGGAACUGGACUACAUCAGGAAGGACAUUGUGACGAACAGGGAGAGCCAGGCGACCAGGAGAUUUCGACCGGAACGGGAAUUGGACAGAGAUGGAGCUGAUGAUUUACUUUGUGCAGAGAUGAAACAUUUGGUAAAUUCCAAGAAAGUUCUGGAAGUCCAGCUACAGAUUAUCCAAGAUGGUCUCCAAGCUCUUCAAAAAGCUCGCAAAGAUCUAAAAGAUACCCUAAAGGAGCGAGGUCGUGUCAUGGAGUUGACCAAUGAAUCUGUGGCCAGCAUCCGGUUGAAGCUGAUGCAGGAGAAGCCGCGGCCUCAGACAGCAAACGCUAAACUGGGGGCAAUCCAGCUGAACCCAAUUGAAUUGGCUGAGGUGAAGACUCCUGAAGUUGAGAUUUCAUUGCGAGAGGCCAGGAAUGCGAUGACAAUGUCGUGUAAGAACCGGGAGGAAGCUGAGAACGCAAUUAAGAAGAUGAACAACUUGAAAGAUGCAGCUCAUCAGUCGGUGAAUAAAGGGUUGAGCAAAAAACUGACCGAAACAACUAAUUUAUUGCAACAAUUGUCCAUACAUAAUGGUGAAAACAGGAAGUCACUACAAAUGGCCAACAUUUUGUCAGACAAAACCGAAUUGUCAAAGAAUAAUUUAAUGCGUACGGCCUAUCUCACCUGUCGAGAACGCAUCAACAGACCAAUGGUGGAGGUGUACAAACGCCAUGGUGGACAAGACUUGUCCGGAACCAAAGACAUUCAAGAUGCCAGCAAUAUCCUCCUGAAUGCCCUUGUUGACAACAGCAGGAACAUUGAUUUACUGAACCUGGCUAAAAUGAACAUCCACAAUGACCUCCGCAGCAAGGCCAGAGCCAUUCUCGUGGAUGGCGACGUGCUGAGACUGAGGCGACGCAAUGCUGACCACAAAUGGCCCAUCAAAAACAAGUAUUAGCACCAAAACAAUUAAAUCUCUGCCAGAGUUCUGAAGAAAUCUAGGUUCUUCUUUUUCUCCUUUGGUUACUGUUGUUGAAUCAGGUUUGAUUAUUUUUGCUUGAUGUGUUCCAGCCAUGGCCAUUGCAUCUAUUUAUAUACUUAAGACUACAUUGAGUUAUGUUGCUUCUACGGUUUGAGCAGGAUUUGGUUAUUUCUAGCAAUUCAUGUAUAGUGUGUGUGUGAUAUGAGGGAGAUUUUGCUGCUGUUUCUAGCCAGUUGAUGAACCCCUGCAAGGGAUUUUCCUCUCAGUGUUGUAGAAAAUCAACACCAAAGGGAGAACUGAACCUGGGGUCUUAAGUCAACUGUGUGUAGAGAGAGAAGUCAGCUGAGAGAGGGAACAUCUUCCUCUCCUAGAUGUAGCUACACUCACCUACGCAACUAUUUCAUCAGUGCUCCCUAUUUUUAUAGCAAUGAAGCAGCUUUCGACACCAUGGCACAGCUGGGUAAACUGUCAAGCAAUGUUGGGGGGACAAACACACACACAUAUGUAUACAUAUACAUGAUGGGCUUCUUUCAGUUUCCGUCUACCAAAUCCACUCACAAGGCUUUGGUCAGCCCCAGGCUAUAGUAGAAGACAGUUGCCCAAGAUGCCACACAGUGGGACUGAACCCAGAACCAUGUGGUUGGUAAGCAAGCUACUUACCACACAGCCACUCCUGCGCCUAUAUUAUAAUGUAUAUAGAAGAAAGGACAAACAGGACUUGAUUGUAAUCUCAGACACUUUUCAGCUUGGACAUGUUAGUAACAACAUCUGCAGUUGAGUCUGCCUUUUGUUAGAGCUGCUGGUUACAUGAGAUCUCAUGGCAGCAUCUACUAAUUGAAGAAAUAGCCUUCUUCCAUAAAGAAGUGGCAAUCACUAUAUAUACUGAAUGUUUUUUUGCCUUCCCUGAUGCGGUGGCUGGCUAUUUAGCAUAUAUAAUAAUGAUUGUUACAUACCAAGUGCAAAUAAACUGCUAUGCUACUGAAA